AUGCGAUAAGGGUGGUUAAAUACUUAACUUAAAUGGAACUGCUUGCAUUUAUAAAGAAAAUUAUGCAGUGAAGGUUUAUAUUAUGACUCCACCAGCAACUGUGUAUAAUGUCAAAAAGGUUUCCCUUCCUAUGAUUAAUCAACUUGCUUAGACACAUGCGAUCAGGGUGGUUAAAUACUUAACUUAAAUGGAACUGCUUGCAUUUAUAAAGAAAAUUGUACUUAGCUUAUUUCAUAAAAUAAUAACACAACACAAUGUAUUUCUAAUUGCAAUUCAAAUAGAUAAUUUGUUGAUCUAAAUAAUUAGACAUGUUAUACUUGUAGUGGAGAUACAUCUUUCAUAAAUUAUGAUGAUUCUAAGAAAAAUGGAACUUGUGUUAGUAAAUGCAAUGAAGGUUUAUAUUAUAACUCUACCAGCUACUGCCUUUAAUGUCAAAAAGGUUUCCCUUCUUAUGAUUAAUCAACUUGCUUUGAAACAUGCGAUAAGGGUGGUUAAAUACUUAACUUAAAUGGAACUGCUUGCAUUUAUAAAGAAAAUUGUACUUAGCUUAUUUCAUAAAAUAAUAACACAACACAAUGUAUUUCUAAUUGCAAUUCAAAUAGAUAAUUUGUUGAUCUAAAUAAUUAGACAUGUUAUACUUGUAGUGCAGAUACACCGUUCAUAAAUUAUGAUGAUUCUAAGAAAAAUGGAACUUGUGUUAGUAAAUGCAAUGAAGGUUUAUAUUAUAACUCUACUAACUACUGCCUUUAAUGUCAAAAAGGUUUCCCUUCUUAUGAUUAAUCUUCUUGCUUAGAUACUUGCGAUAAGGGUGGUUAAAUACUUAACUUAAAUGGAACUGCUUGCAUUUAUAAAGAAAAUUGUACUUAGCUUUUUGCGCAAACUAAUGCCACAACACAAUGUGUUGAUAGAUGCAGUGAAGGUUUAUAUUAUGACUCCACCAGCAACUGUGUAUAAUGUCAAAAAGGUUUCCCUUCCUAUGAUUAAUCAACUUGCUUAGACACAUGCGAUCAGGGUGGUUAAAUACUUAACUUAAAUGGAACUGCUUGCAUUUAUAAAGAAAAUUGUACUUAGCUUAUUUCAUAAAAUAAUAACACAACACAAU